AUGAAAGGCCUCGGAGACAGCCGCCCCCGCCACCUGUCUGACAGCCUGGACCCGCCACACGAGCCCUUGUUUGCAGGGUCUGACCGCAACCCCUACCUGCUGUCGCCCACAGAGGCCUUCGCCCGGGAGGCCCGCUUCCCUGGGCAGAGCACCCUGCCGGGAGAUGGGCUCUUCCCGCUCAACAACCAGCUGCCGCCUCCCAGCAGCACCUUCCCCCGCAUCCACUACAGCUCCCACUUCGAGGUGCCAGAGGAGAGCCCUUUCCCCAGCCAUGCCCAGGCCACCAAGAUCAACCGGCUGCCAGCCAACCUCCUGGACCAGUUUGAGAAGCAGCUGCCCAUCCACCGAGAUGGCUUCAGCACCCUGCAGUUCCCCCGGGGUGAGGCCAAACGCGGCGAGAGCCCCGGCCGCAUCCGCCACCUGGUCCAUUCCGUCCAGCGGCUCUUCUUCACCAAGGUGCCCUCGAUGGAGGGCACGGCAGGCAAGAUCGGGGCCAAUGGCAACAAGAAGGGCGGCCUGGAGGACGGCAAGGGCCGGAGGGCCAAAAGCAAGGAGCGGGCCAAGGCCGGGGAGCCCAAACGGCGCAGCCGCUCCAACAUCUCGGGCUGGUGGAGCUCUGACGACAACUUGGACGGGGAGAGCGGCGCGUUCCGCAGCGGCGGCCCGGUCUCUGGCCUGAUGACCCUGGGCCGCCAGCCCGAACGCACCCAGCCCCGCUACUUCAUGCACGCCUACAACACCAUCAGCGGGCACAUGCUCAAAACCACCAAGACCACCACCACCACCGAGCUGACCACUCCACCGCCCCCACCUGCCCCUCCCGCCACCUGCCCCAGCCUUGGUAUGGGCUCCGACACCAACUACGUUAAGCGGGGCUCCUGGUCCACUCUGACCCUCAGCCAUGCCCAUGAGGUCUGCCAAAAGACCUCAGCCACCUUGGACAAGAGCCUACUAAAGUCCAAGUCCUGCCACCAAGGUCUGGCCUACCAUUACCUGCAGGUGCCCGGUGGCGGAGGCGAGUGGAGCACCACGCUGCUGUCCCCCCGGGACGGGGACUCCGCGGCCGAGGGCCCCAUCCCCUGUCGGCGCAUGCGCAGCGGCAGCUACAUCAAGGCCAUGGGCGACGAGGACAGCGACGAGUCUGGUGGUGGCAGCCCCAAGCCCUCGCCCAAGACCGCAGCAAGGCGCCAGAGCUACCUGAGGGCCACGCAGCAGUCCCUGGGGGAGCAGAGCAACCCCCGCAGGAGUCUGGACCGCCUGGAUUCAGUGGACAUGCUGCUGCCUUCCAAGUGUCCGAGCUGGGAAGAGGACUACAACCCCAUCAGCGACAGCCUCAAUGACUCCAGCUGCAUCAGCCAGAUUUUUGGACAGGCCUCCCUGAUACCCCAGUUGUUUGGCCAUGAGCAGCAGGUACGGGAGGCAGAUCUGAGUGACCAGUACGAGGCUGCCUGUGAGUCAGCCUGCAGCGAAGCAGAGUCGACGGCAGCAGAGGUGCUGGACCUGCCCCUGCCCAGCUACUUCCGCUCCCGCAGCCACAGCUACCUGCGUGCCAUCCAGGCAGGCUGCUCACAGGAGGAGGACAGCGUCUCCCUGCAGUCCCUCUCCCCACCGCCCAGCACCGGCAGCCUCAGCAACAGUCGCACGCUUCCCAGUUCAUCAUGCCUCGUGGCAUAUAAGAAGACCCCACCACCGGUCCCUCCACGAACCACUUCAAAGCCGUUCAUCUCAGUCACGGUCCAGAGCAGCACCGAGUCUGCCCAGGACACCUACCUAGACAGCCAAGACCACAAGAGUGAGGUGACGAGCCAAUCAGGCCUGAGCAACUCGUCAGACAGCCUGGACAGCAGUACCCGACCACCCAGUGUGACGCGGGGCGGAAUCACCCCAGCCCCUGAAGCCCCAGAGCCACUCCCAAAACAUGCAACUCUGAAGAGUGAACAAGGGACACUGACCAGCUCUGAGUCCCACUCCGAGACCAUCCCCAAAAGAAAACUGUCAUCAAUAGGAAUACAAGUUGACUGCAUUCAGCCAGUGCCAAAAGAGGAGCCCAGUCCCGCUACCAAAUUCCAGUCCAUCGGGGUUCAGGUAGAGGACGACUGGCGAAGCAGCAUCCCUUCUCACAGUAUGUCCUCCCGACGGGACACUGACUCCGACACCCAGGAUGCCAAUGACUCAAGCUGUAAGUCAUCUGAAAGGAGCCUCCCGGACUGUACCCCACCACACCCCAACUCCAUCAGCAUCGAUGCUGGCCCCCGGCAGGCCCCCAAGAUUGCCCAGAUCAAGCGCAACCUCUCCUAUGGAGACAACAGCGACCCAGCCCUCGAGGCGUCCUCGCUGCCCCCGCCGGACCCCUGGCUCGAGACCUCUUCCAGCUCCCCGGCAGAGCCGGCACAGCCCGGGGCCUGCCGCCGAGAUGGCUACUGGUUCCUGAAGCUGCUUCAGGCUGAAACAGAGCGGCUCGAAGGCUGGUGCUGUCAGAUGGACAAGGAGACCAAAGAGAACAACCUCUCUGAAGAAGUCUUAGGAAAGGUCCUCAGUGCUGUGGGCAGUGCCCAGCUCCUGAUGUCCCAGAAAUUCCAGCAGUUCCGGGGCCUCUGUGAGCAGAACUUGAACCCUGACGCCAACCCACGUCCAACAGCCCAGGACCUGGCAGGGUUCUGGGACCUGCUUCAGCUGUCCAUCGAGGACAUCAGCAUGAAGUUCGAUGAACUCUACCACCUCAAGGCCAACAGCUGGCAGCUGGUGGAGCCCCCGGAGAAGAGGAAGGAAGAGAAGAAGCCACCCCCUCCAGUCCCAAAGAAGCCAGCCAAGUCCAAGCCGGCCAUGAGCCGCGACAAGGCCUCGGACGCGGGGGACAAGCAGCGGCAGGAGGCCCGCAAGAGACUCCUGGCGGCCAAGCGGGCGGCGUCUGUGCGGCAGAACUCGGCCACAGAGAGCGCGGACAGCAUCGAGAUCUACGUCCCCGAGGCCCAGACCAGGCUCUGAGACCCGGCAGGAGGAAGCAAAGCGACUUCAAAUCAUUAAACAACACACACAAGAACGGAAUGCGAACGGAAGGGAAUUUUCUCAACCUCUAGUGUGGUUCUCUCUAGAGACCCUGAGCCAACUUUUCAAAUUGACGCAUACAAGGGCUCACCAUUUGGCUUUCUUGGGUCCCUCCGAGCUGUAGGUUCUGGAGACUUCUCACACACAGAAAAACGUCCACCGAAACCACAAAAUGAAAACCUUUCUCUCCCUCUGGCUGGCCCUGGCGGACCAGACAGCCGCACUUCGGCAGCUCCCGGCCCAGCUCCACAUGCAGUCAGUCUUUUUACUUGUUCUGUCCGAGGAGAACUUCCACUCGCGUGUUUACAAGACGCCGACCGUCCAAGGGCAGCCUCGGGGCCCCUGCCGAGCCCCCCCUUCCCCCAGCGGCCCCCCUCCCGCCCCGCAGUUUGCGUUCUCACCUUUUUCUUUUCCCUUCAGAGCUCACACAGGGGUCACCAGCAUGGCCAGCGGCUUUCUAGUUCCCAGCCCUGUGGGGUUGAGAGUCCAGAGGACAGACAGAUGGACACGCAUCCUCCCCUCCCCUCCCCGACCCCACCAAGUGCUCACACACAGCCUCCGCCCUCGGCCUCCAGUGCACCCCACAGACGCCUCCUUCUGCGGCUUCCAGCCACCGGGGCAGGGCCAGGCCUGAUGCUUCUCUGAACGGAUGGGGAAAGUUCUAGUCCGUGGGGAAGCGAGCGGACUCCAGACUCUAGGCCUUUUUCUUCUCUCCAAGCCCCUUCCUUCCGCAAAGGAAAAUGUAGGACUGGCAGCGGCCUGGGGGGAGGGGCACACUGGCGUGCAGCCCGGCGGGCGGGCGGCAGUGUCUGUACGUAUGUGUACAUAUGUACAUAGACCCCAGAGUGUAUAUUUCACUAACGCCCGUCUGUCACCAUGCCGCAGCGCCGCCACCACCGGCUCUAGGGGCACCUGGCAGGAGGCGAGGGUGUGAAUAGCAUAUAUUUUUACAUGUACUAUAUCUAGGUGUGUGUACAAGUGUGUGUAAAAAUAUAUCCCUCGUGUGUAAGCAGCCCCCCCCUUUUUUUCCCCCUUUCAGUUCCCACUCCCCUUCCUCGGUCCCUCGGCCCCGCCUGAGUUUUCUGUUCCUUCGUAUUUUUCCCCAGUCCUCCUCUUCCUCCUCUCCUCCCCCCACCCCCACCCCCCUCUGAGCCCUGAGCUGAAGGCAGGGCCUGCAGGGCGGGGUGGGGAGGGGGCCUGGCAGGGGCUGGCUGCACCCAGCAGAGCACUCAGCACACCAGGCGCUGCUCCGUGCUGAGCCCACCACUCCAGGGCAUCGGGACAUCUUGUCAGGCGCAUGCUGCAGGGCUUCCCCCAGGUGAAGCAAGGGCCUGCUCUGGGGCCCCCUUCCAGCUUGGCCGUCUGUGACCUUGGGCAAGUCACUUGACCUCUGUGUGCCUCAACUUCCUCCUCUGUAAAAUGGGGACAGUCCCUGCCCCUCCCUACCUCACAGGCAUGUUGUGAGAAUAAAUGCGGUAACGUGUA